AUGGGCCGCCGCAUCGUUUCCAGGCUGGAGCUCGGCAACGGGGUGGUGAUCGAUGGCGAGAACCUGAACCCCUACAAGCGCGUCAAGGACAGGCCGCUCGUCUUCAUCGCGGGCAUGUUCGCCGACGGCGCGCUCAGCGCCGUCGACGUCCGCGGCAAGAUCGUGGCGUGCCAGCGCAAGGAGGACCCGUUCAUGCUCGCGGAGAUGAUCCAGAAGGCGGGCGGCGCGGGCAUGAUCAGCUGGUCCGGCCCGAAGCGCGGCGCCGCGACCACGCCCGUGGACGACCUCACCAUCGCCGCGGCGCGGGUGACGCACGCCGACGGCGAGAAGAUCAUAGCGUACGUCAACUCCACGCCCAACCCCACCGCCACCCUCCGGUUCGCCGGCGCCGUGCUGAACCGGGCCUCCCUGCCGGCCAUCGCCGAGUACUCCUCGAGAGGGCCCUGCAACAUGUCCAGCGUCGGCGUGCUCAAGCCGGACAUCACCGGGCCAGGCACGGCCAUCGCCGCCUCCAUCCCCGGCGGCGCCAACGGCACCGCGCCGACCCGGACCUUCGGCCUGCACAGCGGCACGUCCAUGUCCACGCCGCACCUGUCCGGGAUCGUGGCCAUGAUCAAGAAAGCGCGCCCGCAGUGGUCACCGGCGGCGAUCAAGUCGGCGCUGAUGACAACAGCCGACGUGACGCACCCGGACGGCACGCCGAUCGUGGACGAGACCACCGGGAAGCCAAACUGCUUCGCCAUGGGCGCCGGGCUGGUGAACCCGACGCGGGCCCUGGACCCGGGCCUCGUCUACGACCUGGCGCCGGCGGACUACAUCCCGUACGUGUGCGGCCUCGGGUACAACGAGAGCGUGAUCAACGAGAUCAUGGCGCAGCCGCUGCAGAACGUGAGCUGCGCCAAGGCGGGGAAGAUCCAGGGCAAGGACCUCAACUACCCGUCGAUCAUGGUGACGCUCACGCCGGCCGCACCGGAGGUCGACGUCAAGCGCGCGGUGACCAACAUCGGGGAUCCCGUGUCGUUGUACACCCUCGAGGUCGUCCCGCCGGAGGGCGUGACCGUCGAGGUGGUGCCCAACGUGCUGACCUUCGGCUUAGUAAACCAGAGGAUGGAGUUCACGGUGAAGCUCAAGCGAGGCCCCAAUGCCGCCGCCGUUGGCACCGCCGAGGGCAGCCUCCGGUGGGUCUCCGGCAAGCGCUCCGUGCGUAGCCCGAUCGCCGUGCUCUUCGAACCACUGCCUAAUAACUAA